AUGUCAUUUGACUACAUUUCCCAGCAGACCUUGCUACUGGGCGGGCAGACAAGCCUGAGAGUUCUAGAUCCCAACACCUGGAGAACCCAGCUCCAUCCCCUCUGCCCUUUCCUUAGUUUGAAUCCCUCUCCUGCUUCUUCCUCUGCCCCAGGCCCCACCUUCCAUCCUCAGGACUCUCCUACAGACUCCCCCUACUCCUCCGUAAGCGAGCGAGGGUCGCGGGGAUCCUGGGAUAGCGCUACACCUCCCAGCUACACCCUGCAGGAGGGAGAAUCGCCGGAGCAGCUGCGGGGUUUUCACCCCACCAACCUCGAUGUCCAGAUAGAUUCGCUCACCAGCAUGUUGGCAGACAUGGAGAGCAGCCAGCAGCGCCGGAGCGAACGGGCGAACGCGGAAUCCGUGCCGUAUCCACAUCUGCAGCCUGGCGCCCCCAAACCCAGCCCGGCUCCGGCUACCUACAAGCCCACCCUUUCGGGCGGCUUCGUGCCCGCCAAGCCAGAUGGCAAGACCCUCCCCUAUGGAGGCCCGCCAGCCUCUGGAUCCCCGUACCCAGCUGCUCCAGUGCUGCCCUGCCAGUACAGCUCCCCUGGCUCGGGAGAUCCUUAUGGAUACCACCGCGCCCCCUUGGCACCGAAGCCGUACCCGCAGCCAAUGCCCGCCUCGUACGCCACGGCGUCCUCCUCAGCUGGGCCCCCCUUCAACGUCCAGGUGAAGGUGGCCAAACCGGUGGUGGGCUACAACCAGCCCAGGCGCAGAGCCGAGCCGGCCUACGGACCCCUGUCUCCCCAGAUAGGAUACGGGGUGAAGCCUCCGCCACAGUAUGCCUCCGAACCAGGGCCCCGUGCCCGACCCCACGAAGCCGAGCCUUGGUAUCCGGAGCCUCCCUCCUAUGGCCAGCGGCUGGGCGAGGUGGAGUUUUAUGCUGGCCCUGCCGGGCAGGGCAGGGUGGGGGCGCCGGUGGGGCAGUUCCAGUCUGGAUUGGCAAAAGCUGGGAAGGAGGAGUUGACGGCGUCCCUGAUUCCUGCCAGCAGUGGCGGGCUGAGGUUUCCCCAUCAGCCCCCCUCGUGCCGCCCGGAGGAAGAACUGGAGCGCCUGACCAAGAAAUUGAUGUACGAUUUGAACAAUCCUCCCACCGCCGAAUAUUUUGGUGGGUUUUCCGAGCCUGUGACUUUGGAGAAAUGUUCCAUGUGCUCCAAGCCCAUCAUGGACCGGAUCCUGCGGGCCAUGGGCAAAGCUUACCACCCACAGUGCUUCAUCUGCGUGGUUUGCCACCGCUGCCUGGACGGAAUCCCCUUCACGGUGGAUGCCACCAGCCAGAUCCACUGCAUCGAGGAUUUCCACCGGUGAGAUUCGGGGAACGGGGUGUGGGUGGGUGUGUGGGUGUGUGUGAACCCCUGUUGGAUUGCCUCUUAGGCUCCCAAGAGAGAUCCUGAGCUCCGAAGGCCGUGCUACCACUCCUUUGCAGUUAUACGGAGGCCGUACUGCAAGUCCCAUCCUCCCCAGCCAGCGAGCGAGGC